AUGUCGAAUAAAAUAAAUAAAUUACCACCAAAACAGAGAAAAACUAAAGGUUUAUCUAGAGAGGAGCUAAUGAAUAUGGAUAAAGAUGAAUUAGUCGAUAGAAUAAUGCAAUUGGAAGCUCACACUACGCAACUUAAGAAUAUAAUAAGCAAAAGUGAACCAGUUACAGAGAAUAUACAGGGUUACAAUAAUCAAAGAAAAUUUGAUUUCUCGAAAUGUAAUUUCCGACGGGUUUUGCUACAUAUAAUAUACUUCGGCUGGGACUACCACGGGCUCGCCGUACAAGAGGAUUCAACGCAGACAAUUGAGCAUUACCUUUUCAAUGCCCUCGUCAAAUCUUGUCUCAUUGAGAGUAGAGAACAAUCACAGUAUCAUCGAUGUGGUAGAACAGAUAAGGGUGUUAGUGCUUUUGGACAGAUAAUAUCUAUAUCAUUACGAAGCAAACUGGAACCAUCUUCAACCAACUACUCAUCGGAGAUACAAUAUUGCAAGAUCCUAAACAGAUUGUUUCCGAGGGAGAUAAAAGCAGUUGCCUGGAUGCCCAUACCUGAUGACAGACCAGAUUUCAGUGCGAGAUUCGACUGUAAGGGCCGGCAGUAUAAAUACUAUUUUCCUAAAUCAAAUCUCAAUAUAACCGCUAUGAGAGAAGCCUGCCGCCAUCUUGUCGGUUCACAUGACUUCCGCCAUCUUUGCAAGAUGGACGUCGGAAAUGGCGUCACUGAAUUCAUAAGACGAGUCGUAUCAGCUGAUAUUAUUGGUCUUGAUAAGGAUUGUGAACAGACCACAUCAAUGUAUGCGUUAGUGAUUGAAGGCAAUGCGUUUCUAUGGCAUCAGAUCAGAUGUAUAAUGGGUGUGUUAUUACUUGUGGGUCAAGGACAUGAGAGACCGAAUAUUAUAGAAGAAUUACUGGAUGUUGAGGCAAAUCCACGCAAACCUCAAUACAAUAUGGCUUUGGAUCUGCCGCUGAACCUAUUCCGCUGUACAUAUGAUGUGAAAAGUCACUGGGUGUAUGAUGAAGAAGAACUUAAAUACAUUAUAACUAAUUUACAAGCUGACUGGACCAUGUAUAAUAUAAAAUCUACCAUGAUUAAAGAUGCUGUAGAACAUUUGGAAGGUGUUCUAUAUGACUUGAGUAAGGAGAGAAAGAAGUGCGAAAGAGACAGAGAAUAUAAUAACCUUGGAGGGAAAGAGAUGCAAGAUAACGAACAUAUAGCAUUAGAGGGAGACCAAGAUAUAUGUAAGGAAGAUAAAAAUUUAGAAGAGUUAGGAGGGAAAGAGAAGGAAAAUGAUAACAAUACGUGCGAGAGAGACAGCGAAUUAAAAAACGUGGGAGGGAAAGAGACGGAAGAUGUGUGCGAGGGAGACAGAAUAAUAUCGCACGCAGAAUGUCUAUUACAAGGAGUCAAACCAAGAAUAUAUACACCGCUGUUCAAAAGACAGACUUGUUCGAGUCUCCAGGAACGGUUACAAUACUACAGGAAGAAGAGGAAAGUUGGAGAAUAUUCUGAUGAUGAAGAAAUUAAAUAA